AUGAUUCACUACACCUUAUUAUUUAUUCUUACUUUCUGUGCUUCUUUCAUAACCUCAACCAAAUCUCGAGUGGAGGAUUACUAUUGCUACACUAGCGGUGUGCUCCAGGGCGUUCCCUGCAGAUUUUUUGCAAUAGUUUUCGAUGCGGGAUCAACGGGUACAAGGCUGCACUUAUACAAAUACGUUCAUAAUACGGACCGUAAUGGAAUACCAUUCAAAGUUGAGGAGGAGAUUUUCCGUGAGGCUAAACCGGCACUGUCUUCAUUUAUUGACGACCCUUCUGCAGCUGGAGCCUCUAUUCGACCUCUUCUUGAGACAGCACAAGCACAUGUUCCUCUUUUCAUGUGGGAGAAAACGCCCAUAACACUGAAGGCGACAGCUGGUCUUCGUUUACUUCCUGGUGACCUGGCUGACGACAUACUAGAUGCAGUCGAGGACGUAAUUGCCAGUAGUGGUUUCUUUGUUGUACCUGAUGCUGUCAGUAUUAUGAGUGGCUCUGACGAAGGAAUGUACAGCUGGUUUACAUUGAACCUUCUACUGAAGAAUAGACUUUAUUCAGAAUUUAUGUUGCUUGUUUUACCAAUGUAUCUUCAAGCUAAACCGGCACUGUCUUCAUUUAUUGACGACCCUUCUGCAGCUGGAGCCUCUAUUCGACCUCUUCUUGAGACAGCACAAGCACAUGUUCCUCUUUUCAUGUGGGAGAAAACGCCCAUAACACUGAAGGCGACAGCUGGUCUUCGUUUACUUCCUGGUGACCUGGCUGACGACAUACUAGAUGCAGUCGAGGACGUAAUUGCCAGUAGUGGUUUCUUUGUUGUACCUGAUGCUGUCAGUAUUAUGAGUGGCUCUGACGAAGGAAUGUACAGCUGGUUUACAUUGAACCUUCUACUGAAUCGACUUUAUUCAGAUGAUGUAGCGCACCCACAUCACCCAGAACCCUCAAGGAGUGUUGCUGCUUUUGACCUUGGCGGUGGCUCAACUCAACUAACGUUUUGGCCUGAAGACAGGCACAUGUUCGAUUUGUAUCCCGAAUAUGAAAGAGACAUAGAUUUCUUUGGCUAUCGCAUGCGGUUGUUUACACAUAGCUUCCUUGGCAACGGUUUGGUGGCCGCACGCUUGAAUGUGUUGCUUGAGCUGUCUGGAAAUGAAAAUGAUAUCAAGUCGCAGCUUUAUUCACCUUGUAUGCCUGUUGACUUCGUACUACAAGAUUGGGAGUACGCUCUCAAGAAAUGGACGAUCAGAGGAUCGCCUUCGUACUCGUUUGCGUCCUGUUACUCUUCUACUCGUAGUUUCAUUGAGCAAAGCGAUAUUAUGAAGCUCAAAGCACUCCAUGGAAAGACAGUCUACUUGUUUUCUUAUUUUUUCGACCGUGGUUUGAAUGCUGGUCUAGUUAAAGAACACCAUGGGGGUUUGGUGAAAUUGGAAGACUUCAAAGUCGCAGCGCAGAAAGCUUGUUCACGGGGUCCUGAGGAGCUGAAGGGUUUUCAUUGGAUGCCUUGGCAGUGCCACGAUCUAACCUACAUUUAUAGCCUUCUUCAUGAUGGAUAUGGAUUCGAUGAUAGCCAGCCGCUGUUUCUAGCAAAAAAGCUCAAAGGAAUGGAAGUGGCGUGGGGUCUUGGACUGUCCUACGCUCUCGUACACGAGUUUCACAAGUCGCAGAAGUUGACGAUUGCUGAGCGCGGUAAUGCUACGGUUGUGGAUCAGAUAAUGUCAUUUAUCUAUUCCGGUACUAAUAAUUUCUUAUCUUAUCUGAAUAUCAUCUCAUAA